AUGGCCUUGAUUUCAUCUCUGGUUGUAUCUCUCAGAGUUUACGUUCAAUUUUCUCGGAUAUUAUUCUGGUGGGAUGAUGGCUUGAUGUUGGUAGCGUUGACAAUAUACCUUGCAAGUGUUGGCCUUGUCUGGCGCAGCGUACAAUUAGGUCUCGGAACCUCGAGUACGGAUAUCCCGAAGUCCGUGCAGGUCGAACGCAUGAAAUACGCUACCAUCUGGUCGCUCUUAUACACGGCAUGCCUCGUUGCGGUUAAAGCCUCCAUCUGCUUGACCAUGUUGCGACUGAAGAAGUCAACGGGAUUCAUACGCUUCGCUAUCUAUGUCCUUCUACUAACGAGUGUUGGAUCAUUCCUCGUUUGGUUCAUAGGUCUCUUAACUCUAUGUCAUCCCGUCGAAGCUAGUUGGAACCCAAGUCUCGUAAUAGAAGGCAACGCAACAUGUGCGGAUAGGAAUACCCUACUAAGAAUCGUAUAUACUAGCGCGAUUAUGACGUUUGUCACUGAUGUGGCAUGUGCUGUCCUUCCCGCGGUCAUGCUGUGGAACAUUAAACUUAAGGUUAAGAGGUUGUUGGUUUCCCUGAUUCUGUUAUUUGGAUUGAUUGCUUCUAUUUGUACGGUCAUGCGCACUGUUUAUAUUCAACGGUAUGCAGAAGACGGUAUACAAUUUUCAACCCUGAAGACUGUGCUACUCUCAAACAUCGGAACGGGCAUCUGUAUCAUCAUAGGCUCCUUACCAGUGCUGCAGAAGAACAUCUUGAGCUAUUAUAGGAAACGAGGGCUUGUCAUAUCGCCCAAACCUCCGGGCUCGAAGUCCUCCAGUAGUGUAACCGCCAAACUCGGAGAUAAUCGAGAAGACUUGAACAACCCUUUCGAUUCAGGUUUUAACAUUACAACCAUUUCAGCAAAUCGUCGCUCUAGUGAUUGGGAUCGUACGAAAGGGAAGCUCGACUUGCACGUCAUUCGUGCCGAGUACACAUUUGAAGUUACGCGAUCGGGAGUAUCGACCGAGCUGGUAGAGAUAGGGGGUAUAAAGUGA